AACGCUACAAAUAGCACAACUUACCGUAUAUUGAAAUUGUACUCAUACAAUUACUAAAACCUGAAAGUCAUGGACUUCUUCACCAUCCUCUCCCUGGUUGCUUCUUCCCUUAUUCUCUAUACCUCUUGGGUACUCAUAAAAACCAAGACUUCAAAAAACUUGCCACCAGGACCACCAAAACUGCCUAUCAUCGGUAACUUGCACCAAGUGAAAAGCACAACGUUAACCCCAUAUCGAGUUCUUAGAAACUUGGCUAACAAAUAUGGCCCCAUCAUGCAUUUACAGCUCGGCCAAGUAUCCACCGUUGUUAUAUCCACGCCACGACUAGCCAAAGAGGUCUUGAAUGCUACUGUUAGCAGCAUCGCUGACAGACCCGUCACCACAACCUCUCAAAUAUUCUAUUAUAGAGCUCAAGAUAUUGGAUGGACUCUUUACGGACCAUACUGGAUACAAAUGAGAAAGAUUUGUGUUUCAGAACUUCUCUCUGCCAAACGGGUCCAAUCUUUUGGAAAUCUUCAAGCGGACGAGCUUAAAAGUACCUGUAAGCUCCUUGAAUCAUCUCUUGGAACAACAGUCAAUUUCAGGCAAAUCAUGACGCAGACUGUAAAUAAUGUGAUUUGCAGGGCUACGCUAGGAGAUAUCUAUAAAGAUCGAACUGACCUUGUAGAAUUGCUUACUGAAGUAAUGAAUGGUUUGGGUGAUAUCGAUGUGGUUUCAUAUUUCCCUAGUUUUCAAUUCCUCUAUAACAUAUCUGGAAAGAAAGCUAAGUGGUUGAAGACGCAUAAACAACUUGAUAUUAUCUUGGAAGAGAUCUUGAACGAACACAGAAAGAGAACAAGUAUAAAUCAAGAUCAUGAAGAUCUACUCGAGGUUCUACUAAGGAUCAAAGAGACCGGUGACCUAGAUGUACCUAUCACUAAUGAAAACGUCAAAGCUGUUGUUCUGGACCUAUUAAUAGCUGGAAUGGGAACGCCUACAUCAGUAAUUGAAUGGGCAAUGUCUGAACUGAUGAAGAAUCCCGAGACCAUGAAGAGAGCCCAAGCGGAAGUUAGGGCAGUGUUGAAGGGAAAUACAAUCACAGAAACAGAUAUACGAAGUAUGCAUUACCUAAAGUUGGUAAUAAAAGAAACACUGAGGCUACAUUCUCCUCCAUUGCUUGUUCCCAGAGUAACAAAAAAGCACUUCAACAUUGACGGAUACGACAUUCCAGCAAACACAAAUCUACUUGUAAAUGUGUGGGCAUGCGAAACAGAUCCUGACAGUUGGGAAAAUCCAGAGAGCUUCAUCCCAGAGAGAUUUGAAAACAGCCCGAUCAAUUACUUGGGAUCGGACUUCCAGUUCAUUCCAUUUGGAGCUGGCAAAAGAAUCUGCGCUGGUAUGACUUUUGGGCUGAAUAUGGUUGAACAUGUUGUUGCUACAUUCUUGUAUCAUUUUGAUUGGAAGCUUCCAAAUGGUUUAAAACCCGACGAGGUUGAUAUGACAGAAGUUUAUGGAGCGUCGGUCUUACCCAAAUAUCCCUUACAGAUUGUCCCUGUAUCCGUGUCAUUAGCAAACUAAAAGAUAGCCGAUGAUCUCUCUGGUUUUGCUUCUAUCUAUGUUACCACAUUUUAAUUUAAUGUUCGUUGUACUAAUAAUCAGCACCACCAGGUCUAUUAAUUUUUAUUUGUUCUGUUAAGAAUUCUGGUAUUGUUCAAAUGUAUGAUCUUAUUGAAACAAUAUAUUUAUAGGUGUCCGGUUCUUGUUAUCCAUCAAA